AUUUCGUACUUCAAAUUUCCAGAAAUCAACAAACUCAAGAAAUUGUUGCAAGUAGACAAGGCCGUGUACGAUGAAUGGGUGAAGACUCAUAAGAAAGCUAAGGGGUUGUAUGGAGUUCCAUUCGUUCAUUAUGAAACUCUAGCAGAAAUAUAUGCAAAAGACAAAGCUACCGGAGAUGUAAGUGAGUCAUUCGUUGAUGCCAUAGAAGGUAUUGAUCAAGAGAUUGAUAAGCAACCAUUGAUUGUCGAGAGUGAUGAAGAAGAUGAUGUGAAUUCUACUAAUUCGGACACUUAUUCUUCUACAAGUCAAUCCGGAAAACGCCCCGUGAAGAUAGAGGAUGAUCAUAUAACUCCUUCAAAAAUGGCAAAACGCUCUAUAAAGGCAAAGGAGGUUAAGGUGAAAGGAAAGAACAAGGUAAAUUUGAAGAGUUUGUGUAGGAAUGAUGAUGAUGAUUUGGUGGCCUCUCUCCAUGAUGUUUCCAACAAUUUUGGGAAGAUAUUUGAAAAUAUCAAUGUUAAUCUCGGGACUAUGGCUAGUGCAUGGUCUAAAGCGGAAGAAAGGGAGCAAAGGAUGGAUGAAAAGGUGAACAAGGUAUUGGAUGAGGUGAUGAAGUUAGAUGGCAUUUCUCCAUCCGAAGCUUUAGAGGUUGCUACUAUUCUCAUGGCGGAAGAACAUAAGCUUCGUAUCUUCUAUCAAGCACCAUUUAACAUGAAAAAUCAAUAUGCAAUUGAUCUUCUUAAGAAGAAGUAGCAUUUGAUUGUUGUCAUGUCUUUGUUUUUUUGUUGAACAUUUGCAACUUGAGCAAUACAAGUUAUGUGUUGGGAUUAUUCAUAUAAUGAUGGACAUAUUAUUAGUCAAUGUUUGGAUAAUUAAUGAGUGCCAACUUUGCUUUGUAUAU